AUGGCGCAGGCCCUAUGUAGAGGUCUUAUUAAUUCAAAGCGUGUCACUGCCGAUAGCAUACUGGCGAGCUGUCCGAAAAGAGAUACACAUUUACUGGAAGCCAUGAAGACAUUAGGCGUGCAUACAACUCACGAUAAUGUUCAAGUUGUUCAUCAUUCGGAGGUGUUCUUUAUCGCUACCAAACCAUCGACCGUCAGUAAGAUCGCGUCUGAAAUCGCUCCCUCUAUCACGAGANAUCAAUUGUUGAUUUCCAUUGCUAUGGGCACUACUCUCAGAUCAAUUGAAUCGCUUCUACCAGCGAAAAGUCGUGUGGCUCGAGUGAUGCCAAACACACCGGCUGUUGUAAGAGCGGGUGCAUCAGCUUACAGUGUUGGAUCGGCAUGCAGAGAUGGCGAUUCAGACAUCGUUAAAGAUCUGCUUUCUACGGUCGGAUAUGCGGUUGAAGUGCCCGAAAGUUUACUUGAUCCCGUCACUGGUCUCAGUGGCAGCGGACCAGCAUACAUUUUCGCCGCAAUCGAAGGUCUUGCGGAUGGUGGCGUUAAAAUGGGCAUACCACGAGAUCUGGCCAUCGAACUAGCUGCACAUACAGUGAUGGGCGCCGCAAAGAUGGUACUGGAAAGUGAUAAACAUCCGGCACAACUCAAAGACGACGUACAGUCACCAAGUGGAAGCACGGUGUAUGCAAUGCACAAACUGGAAUUAGGUGGCUUCAAAGGCCUCCUUAUAGAUGCAGUUGAGGCGGCCACAAAUCGCUCAAAAGAGACCAGCACUGGUGCGGCAUUACGAAACGGAUCAACAUAUGAAACUAGCGAACUGUGA